CAACAAACCCGUUGGGGAAAGGAGACGCCCGUAGGACCAUGGCUCCCCGUUGUCUCUAAACAAAAACAAGGUUUAACAGCAUCCAGAUAUCCUGCUGUGGCCUUAUUCCAGAGUCAUGCCAAGAACAAGUGAACGUUUGAUAAGAAAUGGGUACUAUGACAUGUAUGGACAACCACUUAUUUCAUACAGAGAGAUGCCAAACAGAAGGAGGCGCAUAACAGGUCGCCCUGUACAUGGGGAGGUAACAUUUAGAGAGAGGUUUCAUAGCCUUGAGGACAAUAUGACUGUCCAAGAAAACCAGACCAUGGACACUCUGAUACGGGAUUGUUAUAACAUCUUUGUCUUUGUCUUUGUCAUCUUCGUCGUCUUUGCUUGUAUUUGCCGAAUUAUUUCCCUGCACUCGCGAUCUUCAGAAUUAUAUGUCACACCAACUCUAACAGACAUGGUUACAAUCUCUGGAGGUGAGGAUCAGGAAUAUCUCUCCAGGCUGCAGUCGUUGGAGGCAAAGCUUGAGUACCUUCUACCACAAGCAGAUCUGUGGCCCAACUUUGCUCUGGGGUCUCAAGGAGCAACGAUUUUACACAAGAUGACCUCAAAAACAUAUCAGAGCAUUAAAGGAUGUAGAUGGUUUGGGAAGCUACCUCCUAUAGGCCCAAACAUUGUUAUUCAGGGAGGAACUGAUCUGAUUCCAGGACAAUGCUGGGCCUUUGAAGGCUUCCCGGGACGUUUAUCCGUCGAACUGUCAAACAAAGCCACAGUCACUCAUGUGUCGCUGGGUCAUAUUCCCAAGAUUGUUUCCCCAACUGCGUCAGUCUCCAGUGCUCCUAGAGAAUUUUCUGUCUAUGGAAAGGAGAAUUUAGAAGAUGAGGAGAGUCAUUUGGGAACUUUCCUAUAUGAUGAAGAUGGAGACCGAAUACAGACCUUCAGACUUCCCGCCAAUAAAGUUGGUUCCUUCCGCUACGUGAAUCUACAGGUGAACAGCAACUGGGGUCAUCCGGAUUACACCUGCCUCUAUAGCUUUAGAGUGCAUGGACAACUUGCUGAAUGACAAGGACAACAAGGAGGAAAGGGUUUUCUCCUUUCAUAUAUUACUUUUGUAUAUGUUUAGAUAAUUAAUUUUAAGUCCUCACAAAAAACAGAUACACCAGUCAACCAUAAGUAGACAAACAAAUGAAGAAGGAAAAACAACACACACACAUACAUAAAGACUCUCAGACAUGUACAACAUGAACCAAUUACAUUUUCUUGUUGACCCUCCAACCCCCAUCUUGGUGCUUGUAUGUUGGGGUUUACCCCGGUGAACAAGUGGGUAACCUCCCUCUGCCUACGAGUGGGGGGACAGGUUCUGACUGUUAUUUGUGCUUACACACCAAACAGCAGUUCAGGCUACCCACCCUUUCUGGAGUCCUUGGAGGGUGUACUGGAGAGUGCCCCUCAUGGGGAUUCCCUUGUUCUACUGGCGGACUUCAACGAGACAAUGGGCAAAGACAGUGAGACCUGGAGGGGUGUGGUUGGGAGGAAUGGCCCCGCUGACCUGAACUCCAGUAGUGAACUGUUGCUGGACUUCUGUGCUCGUCAUGGAUUGUCCUGUGCAUGGUUGUUUGUCCUGUCUCUCUCUAAAUUGAGCAGGAUCCAUUAAAACAUCUUUUGGAAUAAUUCUUGUUAUUUUCUUAACCUCUUCCCAAAAAGCCCUGAUUUUGUUGCAUUGCCAUGAGCAAUGUAAUAGUGCCCCUUUCUCCACCAUGCAUACACAAAUCUAGAAUGAUGGGGUUAUAUUUAUUCAGUUUUACAGGUGUGGUGUAUAUUCUCAUAGUCCAUUUAUACUGUAAUAGUCUAGAUUUUGUUCUAAUGGAUUGAGUAUGGGGGCUGCACAAUGGCGCAGUUGGUAGCACUGUUGCCUUGCAGCAAAGAGGUUCAGACAUAAUAAAAGUGGCAUGUGUGGGUUCUCCCCGGGUGCUCCGGCUUCCUCCCACAGUAAAAACAUGACUGUUAGGUUAAUUGGUCUGUCCAAAUUCUCCUUAGGUGUGUGUGUGCAUGCAUGGUUGAUUGUCCUGUCUCUCUCUAAAUUGAGCAGGAUCCAUUAAAAUAUCUUUUGGAAUAAUUCUUAUUUUCUUUACCUCCUCCCAAAAAGCACUGAUUUUGUUGCAUUGCCAUAAGCAAUGUAAUGCAUACACAAAUCUAGGAUGAUCAGGUUAAAUUUAUUCAGGUUUACAGGAGUGAUGUACAUUCUCAUAGUCCAUUUAUACUGUAAUAGUGUAGAUUUUGUUCUAAUGGUUAGAGUAUGAGAGCUGCACAAUGGCACAAUUGAUAGCACUGUUGCCUUGCAGACAAGCGGUUCAGACAUAAUAAAAGUGGCAUGUGUGGGUUCUCUCUGGGUGCUCCAGCUUCCUCCCACAGUAAAAACAUGACUGUUAGGUUAAUUGAUCUGUCCAAAUUCUCCUUAGGUGUGAGUAUGUGUCGCAUGGUUGUUUGUCCUGUGUGUCACUGUGUUGCCCUGGGAUGGAUUGGCAACCUUUACAAUUCCAUGUUGUGAAUUUAAGUUCUAGUUUUUGCACCAUUUAAAAUAAAAACACUGACACUUUUACAUAGACUGUUGUUACAUUUAACAUAAACUGUCUGAGAGCAUUAACAUAUUCAAACAUAAACUCUGAAAACAGUGCAUCUUUAUUUCUUAAUCAAAAUUAAAGAUUUUCUGUGCAGGAUAUGGGAACACAGCAAAAUGAUUUUUUAGAUAAUGGUGAACUAAC